UAGUCUGUCCCUCCCAUGGCGAUCGCUGCAGAGACCCAAACACAAGAUAAGGCUUCUUCAGAUGUUUCCGGAGUGGAGAAAAGAAGAUGGACGCUUAAUGACUUUGACAUCGGAAAACCUCUCGGACGUGGAAAGUUUGGUCAUGUCUAUUUGGCAAGAGAAAAGCGAAGCAAUCAUAUCGUAGCACUGAAAGUCCUCUUUAAGAGCCAGCUGCAACAGUCUCAGGUUGAGCAUCAGCUUCGCCGAGAAGUUGAAAUACAAAGUCAUCUGAGACAUCCCAAUAUUUUACGGCUCUAUGGAUACUUCUAUGAUCAGAAAAGAGUUUACUUGAUAUUAGAAUAUGCAGCCAAAGGUGAACUUUACAAGGAACUACAGAAGUGCAAAUACUUCAGUGAAAGACGUGCUGCCACUUAUGUUGCAUCAUUAGCCCGUGCCCUCAUAUAUUGCCAUGGAAAGCAUGUGAUACACAGAGAUAUUAAGCCUGAGAACCUUUUAAUUGGGGCAGAGGGUGAACUUAAAAUUGCAGAUUUUGGGUGGUCAGUGCAUACAUUCAAUCGUAGGCGAACCAUGUGUGGUACGCUGGAUUACCCCCCUGAGAUGGUGGAGAGUGUAGAGCAUGACGCAAGUGUGGAUAUUUGGAGCCUUGGUGUCCUUUGCUAUGAGUUCCUCUAUGGGGUCCCUCCUUUUGAGGCUAAGGAACACUCGGAUACAUAUAGAAGGAUUGUGCAAGUAGAUCUCAAGUUCCCUCCUAAACCAUUUGUCUCUUCUGCCGCUAAGGACCUCAUCAGUCAGAUGCUCGUCAAGGAUUCUUCUCAGCGCCUGCUGCUACACAAGCUUCUUGAACAUCCAUGGAUUGUUCAGAACGCUGAGCCUUCUGGUGUAUAUAGGUUUUAAGUUCCUUGUCCAAGAUGUUGGUAUUGACAUUGUAGCAGAUUCUUUGGAGUUGCAGAACUUGUGAUUCAGCCUUCGUCAUUGUUGACUAACACUUCAUAAUAUGAAUUUGUUUAGCAUAUAUGGUUCUUCGAAGAUUAUUUUAUUUGAAUCCCCCCCAUGCCCAGUUCAAUGCAGUUGUCUCUCAGCUCUUUAGGCAAAAAUAUAAUAAAGAAAAUCGAAAUUUUCAAGUUUA